AUGCCGCCUCUUCUGCCCUCCUCCUCUGUCGUCCGCGGCCUAUCCAUCCGCUCCUUCUCAACAUCAUCUCCCGCCUGCGCCCUCCGCGACAACUCCUCCAGCCGCCCCUCGUCGAGCAGCAGCCUCCUCUCCAUCAACAACAGCUCCUCCUCCAGCCAGGCCCCGCGCGGCGGUGGCAACCCAGGCGACGCCGCCACCUCAAUGCUGCACCGCCUCAAGCGCGACGGCCAGGCCUCCCUGCGUAACAAGCAGGCCCAGAUCGAGCAGCUGCGCAACCAGAAGAACUCGGCCGACUACCUGCGGCAGAUGCCGCGCCGGUGGGAGGCCGGCGACGUGUACUCGCCGCACGACAUGAGCCCCGUCGAGAUGCAGAAGUGGCGCAAGCGGUCGCCGCGCAAGGCCGACGUCGUGGACGCGCUGGGCAUCCGGCCGCUGGACAUGUACAAGAACUUCUCGCUGAUCCAGGAGUUCACGUCGACGUCGGGCCAGAUUACGCAUUCGUCGGGCACGAGCCUGCGGCCCGUCAACCAGCGCAAGAUUGCAAAGAUGAUUCGUAGGGUGCAGGGCAUGGGGCUGUACCCGACGAUUCACGCGCAUCCGGAGAUGAUUCGGGACAGCUUCUUCCCUGAGAGGAGAUGA